ACCCAACCACGAGAUCUGCUCAAUUCAGUUUCAUCCUAUCAUCGCCUAGAUGAGGAAAAGAUCGAGUGCUCCUCACACAUUCAAUAGGGUUCUGACUUCACCGCCGUCGUAAAUAUCCUCCGGUUAGGGUUCCGACUAUCGCUGAGGGUGCAGAUCGUGAAACGUUCCUGUAGCUUUCUGCUAUCAGAUUUUUACCUUGAGCUCAAAUAUUGGCUAAUGGAAAUUUAUCACUUGAAGUCAACAAAUAUAUAGUGGAUUUUUCACCUGCAUGAGUUGAAGCAAAUGUCUUUACAAAACAAGGGAUUCUGGAUGGUAAAAGGGUCUGGACAUGUUAGUGACAGAGAGCCGGUAUUUGAUAAUCCUUCCAAAACUGAACCAAAACGAUCUCAUCAAUGGUUAAUUGAUGCAACUGAAGGGGAUUAUUUGCCAAACAAGAAGCAAGCAAUAGAAGAUGCAAAUGAAAGAUCUAGUUCAGGAUUUUCAAAUGUAAAUUUUACUCCGUGGGAAAACAAUCAUAAUUUCAAUUCAGUCCCAAACCAAUUUAUUGAUCGGUUAUUUGGAUCUGAAACUAGGCCCAUCAAUUUCUCUGAAAAGAAUACUUAUGUUUCUGCUGAUGAUUCUAAUGUGAGGUCAAAUUUGAUCUCCAAUCAUUAUGGAGAUGGUGCAUCUUUUGGCUUGUCUAUAUCUCAUUCUGCCGAAGAUUCUGAACCAUGUAUGACUUUUGGGGGAAUCAAGAAAGUCAAAAUAAAUCAAGUUAAGGAUUUCGACAUUGUACAAGCUCCAGAGGGACAUGACUUUGAUAGGCAGAGUAAGAGUGAUCUACAUCAAGCCUAUAAUGGGGAAAUUGAGACGAGAUCUGGGUCAAUAGGGCAAGACUUUGACAAGGAUGGCAAUGCUGCUUUACUGGGACUCACCUAUGGCAGAGGGGAUGCCCAUAUAAGAUCGUUUGGUACCCCCUUUGGCAAAGGAGAUAACACAGUCCUAUCAAUGGGUGAGUCCUGUAAUAAAGAGGACAAAAAUAUAAUUUCUUUUGGUGGGUUCCCAGAUGAACGGAGUGAUAUCUCUGUGGGCAGGGCUACUACAGACUAUGAACAAUUAUAUAAUCAAUCAUCAGUUCAUGUGUCAACAACAGCCUAUGAGAAAGAGUUGGAUGCAUCAAAUUCCGGUGUAGUUGAAACUACUCCUUCGGUGGCAACAAUAAAGCCUGAAUCUGUGACCAAGAAUAAACAAGAUAUCAAAAGGAAAGAAUCUCCCACCACCUUCCCAACUAAUGUCAGGAGCCUGAUAUCUACUGGUAUGCUUGAUGGUGUUCCUGUGAAGUAUGUCUCAGUGGCGCGAGAGGAACUUCGUGGGAUUAUAAAAGGCUCUACCUAUCUUUGUGGGUGUCAGUCAUGUAACUAUUCUAAGGGUCUCAAUGCUUAUGAGUUUGAAAGGCAUGCCGGUUGCAAAACAAAACAUCCAAACAAUCAUAUUUAUUUCGAGAAUGGGAAGACCAUUUAUCAAAUAGUACAGGAAUUGAGGAAUUCUCCGGAGAGUUCAUUGUUUGACACAAUUCAAACUAUUUUCGGUGCACCAAUUAAUCAGAAGGCAUUUCGCAUUUGGAAAGAAUCAUUUCAAGCAGCAACACGCGAGCUUCAGCGUAUUUAUGGAAAUGAAAGACGCAACCUCUAAGUCUCAGCCACCUUUUUGCAAACUUAACAUAGGUUAUCUUCUAGUGUGAAUAGCAAGAUACAUCAGUUUUCAGUAUUUUUCUUGUAACUUUGUUUAGCUCCGUGGCCUUUGGUGCUUUGUGUACCUUAGUGGCAUUGCUUAAAAGAUUGGUAACUUUAUGUAACUUUUGUCCAAAUAAUUGGGAUUAGGGGCUUUUACUGGCAAAAUGGCCGAGUAUAGUUUCGAGAAAGCUGAUGUUCUUGGGUGACCGAAGGAGCAAAACUUAAUAAUUUCGGGGAACUGGACUCCUGAGUAGUGUCAUGUAACUUUUUUAUUUGUAUUCAAAAUUACACAAGGAAAAUUCACUUGAAUAUUUUAUUAGUUC